GGGACACGGGGCUGUCUUGGUGGGUAUCACACCACAGAGCUCCUGCCUUGCACACAGCAGCUUCUGCAGAGAAACUACAAAGAAGAGAUGCAGAGAAGAGCUGAGCUGCAGAACUAAGCCACAUGUCAGCAGUGUGUGGACUGAGAGAUAAGGGGCAGAUGGACAGAUGCUGUACAACAUUCCCAGAUCUGGACGUGAAGUGAGUGGGAAUCAUCAGUCCGAGCUGAUUCACCCAAUGUCUAGAAGGAGCACUGUCAGUCUGAAUCUCAGCUGAAGAUACUGCAGCAAAAUCCACGAGGCAUCAUUAAAAACAACACUAUCACAAUAAACGAGCCCAAGUUCUGCAUCACAAAUGAAGUGUUGCAGAGAUCAUUUCUCACUCUGUUUCACCUCGGAGGCUGAACACGGACUCUUCACAGAAGAGGGUCCUGAUGACAUCACAUCCUCUCCUAUAAGUUACGCUGCCUCCAAAGUUCAGUGACAAAGAUCACCCGCGCUCCACUGCACCGCCCUGAGGACGAUGGCCGGGUCUCCUGCACUGCUCCUCCUGCUCAGCCUGGGGCUCUGCUGUACCGGUGCCCAGGGACAGAGGAACAUAAUGGAGGCCAGGUUCCUCAACAAGAACAUAAAGCACCUAGAGGGACAGUGGCUGGAGCUGGAGUGCCUGCAUUACGAGAGAAACAGACCCAUCUUCUGGAUCCACCCGGACAAGAGUGGGAACCUUUACUUCAUUGUCUACAGUACCCAUUCUUAUUCCACCACAUUGCAGGAGGGUGAGAAAACAUCUCCAAACUUUGUGGCAUUAUGGAGAGGAAACUCCUAUCGACUAGUUGUGAAGUCCUUCAGGGCACAGGACGAGGGGAUCUAUUACUGCAUCAACUACAUCAACCCAGUGCUGCACUUCAGCUCAGGACAACCCGCCUUCUUCCCAGUCGCAACUAAAGCAGCACCCACCACACCUGCAGCCACCACCCCCAGCAGCCAGGCCACCAAGAAGGACAACUGGCACAGCCGAGAUCCAGCAGAACACAUCACACCCACUGCCAUCACACGGAGCAGCCAGGACACCACAAAGGGCAACUCACAACAGGGCCUGGAUCCAGGAACAAGCAACAAGAACACACUGAGUUCCAUCUGUGAGUUUUUCCUCUGGGUUCGAGUGGCUGGCACCUGCCUCCUGCUCCUCGCUGCCAUAACCAUCACCAUCGUGCUCUGACAAAGACCAAGCUCACCGUAAGCAAGCAGUGCUGCGUCGCUGCUCAGCAGAAGGCACACGGCCGUCCUCCUCAAGCACCGCACGGAUCCCAUCAGCAACACACACAGCUGCCCUGAUGCAGUGCGGGCAUUUGGCUGCUCCUCCUCUGCUGCCCUAUAUCCAUGAGGGCAGGGAGACUGAACAUGCCACCACCUUCCCCACUAGUGUUUCAAAAGAA